ACAUAGUCUGAGUGACAUUAAAUGUGAUUUUCAAUUCAAGCGUUGUGGUUGAUAUUCUGUUAUCGCGUUUGAUCAAAAAAAAAAAAAAACAUUCUUAAAAUGGAAGAACAAAAAAGUCCAAACAAGACAUUGAAAAAGAAGCGCGUCAAAAGCAAUUCACAAGUUGUAGAUACUGAUGAUACGGACAACGAACUGCCCGAUUACAAUGGCGUGGACAGCACUUUACACAUAAACGAUGACAGUUUUUCAAGCGAUGGUGGCUGGAGCAGCGAUGAUGACCGGAAGCUUGUUCAGAAAGUAAAAUCAACAUCAAAACAAAGUGACAAAGUCAGUUACAAAACGCGCUUGAAGCAAUUGGACUGGAAUGAAAUUGCAUUUAAAAGUUAUUCGGCAAAGGAUUGUGAGAAUCGAUUUCAAAAUCAUUUGAAGCAUGUUCGUCGCCAUCGUAAUUUAAACGAAAUUGUCACUGACAUCGAGACGAAUAUCAAAAAAUGCCCAAUAAAGAAACCAUUAAACAGCUACCAACUGUUCAUACAAGAUCAAUUGACCCAUGUCAAGUCAAGUGGGGAUUUCUCUGAAACCAUGAAAAAUUUAAGCUCAUUGUACAAAGAACUAUCGCCUGAAGAGCGUUCUAGUUACGAACGAAAGGCCGAGCAGCUUCGGCUCGAAUAUAAACAAAAGAAAGAGGAUUUUAAAUCGGGCAACAUUUCAAAGGCUGCAUCCACACCAGUGACAAAAGCAAAAACACCAUUUAUGCUGUAUGCGGAAAGUAAAAAAUCGGAAGAGAUCGAUUACAGCACAUUACGUGAAAGCUAUACAAAUAUGGCUCUGGAUGAAAAGUACAAAUGGGUCAUUAAAGCUGUCAGUGAAGCCCAGGAUGGAUCGGAAAAUGUUUCGAAAAUAUUGAACAAAGAAGAGCAGCGAAUCUUCAAAGGUCAAAUCAAAUCAACACCAUCAGCAUACAGUCUGUAUGUGAAAGAGACUUAUAACAAGAUCAAAGGCAGAAUGGAAGAACCGCAAGAUUCCAAAAAUAUAUUCACGGAAAUUGCUCUUCAAUGGAAAUCGCUCGAUCCGAAAAAGAAGAAAAUAUACACCAAUGCUGCUAUUUUGUUGAAAGAAAAAGCAGCCAAAGAACAAGAAGCGUUCAAUGUGCGCCACGGUGUAACGCCACAAAAGGUGAAACGAAGGAAAUCGACAUUCGUUGAACGACCACCCGAAGACGAUGAUGAUUUAGAUGAUGAAGAGGCCACCGUUCAACCAAAAGUAAAACGACAAAAGACAUCGAAUGCUAAUCACUCCGACUCCGAAGAGACCAAACCUAAACAUAUUCAAAUAAAGUUAAACUUUAAACGUUCUUCACCAAAACCAUCGUCGGUUAAGAAAUCGAUAGUGACUCCGUCACCUGUGAAGGAAAUUAAAUUGGGUCAAUCGCCCGUCAAGGAGUCGCCCGUCAAGGAGUCGCCCGUCAAGGAGUCGCCCGUCAAGGAAUCGCCCGUCAAGGAAGAAAAAAAGAAAAAGAAAAAAGCCACUUCAGAGUCAAGUGAAUACAAUGAACCAAGUGGAAGUGAUGCUGCUUCCAGUACAAUUAGCUCAAGUUCAAAGAAAAAGUCGAAAAAGGAGAGGAAAUCAAUAGUGGAACCGCCCGGUGAAAAGCCACCAUCGGACAUAAUCACCUAUUUUGCCAAAAAAUACAAUAUAGGCAAAGCACGUAAAGCGCAAAAGGCAUACGAUAAAUUGCCGAAGAAAGAACGCAAACAAAUCAAAGCUGAAUAUAAUGAAAUCACCGAAAGUUAUGUGGCACGACUGAAGAACUAUUUGGAAUCGAUACCGAAAAAUGAAGCCGUUGCUUAUGUAGAUUGCAAAAGUUAAGGCAGUCGACGAUGCUGAAAAAGAUAACAGAGAUGCCAAUUAUACCGGAGACGAUGGUAGUAGCUCUCAAGAAUACUAAAAAUAAAUGGAGCGAUGUAUAUCAGGGAAUAUCGAUUCAAAUGGACUAAUUUCACUCGAGUGGUUGAAAUUUCAUAAUAUUUUUUUUUUCUAGUUUUUAAUCCAUUUAUCAUUUUUUAAAAACAUUUUUAUUAUUCAUU